GUCUUCAGCUUGUAUAAACGAUAUUACUGACACGGGCACAGCAAUCAUUUUAAGGCACGUCUCGCUUGCGAAAGCAUUAUGUCCUAUAUAUCAUCACUAGUCUACUGCAGGGUACAUGUUAUCUGGUUCUUAUCUUUCAUCGUAAUAGUUUUGUUAUUAUCACAAUGGAGCGCCGAUUUGUCUACAAGCGAGAUUAUUAGUGAAACCAGUUGGAGUCGUAUCAAUACAAUCAACGACGGAUGGAUAGAUGCUUGGCCAGAUAUCGCACCAACAGGCAAUUCAGAAGCGGGGGGAGGUGGGAGCUCUGCAAGUGAUCCAGUGCAGGAAUAUGAAAGUCAUCCUGAGAGUGGAUAUAAACAAGAUGCGCAAAUGAACGCCAUCUCUAAAAAUGCUAUGCUGUAUAUGGAGCCUCGACGGAUCGAGAACGCCAUGUAUGUCUUAAACAACUUCAAUAGUCUCACGCCUAUGUCAUGGGAUCUAGUAAUAGUGUGCUCGAGCGAAAACCAAGACUUCAUGGAGCAAAAGGCAAACAUGCUCCUUGGUACCCGUAAAGUGUAUUUUCUAGUAAUUUUGCCAGCAAUAUUUUCUGGUGCAGGCUACAACGCUUUAUUCCUAAAAUUGGCAUUCUGGAAUCAAAUACCAUACGAUACUGUAUUAGUGUUCCAAUCCGACUCGGUGUUGUGUGCGAACUCGCCUUUCCGUAUUGAGGAUUUUAUGAAAUAUAAGUACAUAGGCUGUGCUUUGGGCGAAGCAUAUGGAGUUGGGUCACAUUACGACUGGGCUCCGCAUCCAUUUUAUGGUUCUGGUGGUCUGACAAUCCGAAAUGUGGAAUACCACAAAGCGUGCCUCAAAAAUCCAAAGUUAGCAUCUUUGCGCGUGGGCCCUUGGGCAGCAGAAGAUUUGUUCUUCUCACACUGUGUACAUGAGGGGUCGGAGACUGAUAGAGCAGAAAAUGUGACCGUGAUGCAACAGUUCUGCACUCAGCAAGGAUUCAAACAACCUAGCUUCGGUAUGCACAAAUUCUGGGAUCAGGGUUAUCGAUUUGCCCCUUCGCAUGUGAGGAAGAUGGUAGAACACUGUCCGGAAAUUAUACCAUUGCGAAUUCAGGUUAUCACAGAACCAGCAUGGAAUAUCACUACCGAACCGACGAUCUUUAAUCUCACAGCUCAUAACGAAGCUAAAGCUAAGCGUAAACUUGAAGAAGCUAAAGCUAAGUUUUCGAUCGUUCGGCAGUAGGUGUACUUCGGUGCGUUAAUCAUUCCGCGAAAUUUAGUCCCGAACCCUGUUACACGCUCCCGUCGCAAACUAACCACGCGACCGAGAAGAUUUAUAUCCCGGACCACUAUACGUCCACAGACACUAGCGUAUGUAAAUAAUUUAAAUAUGAAAUACUACUAGCGUAUGUAAAUAAUUUAAAUAUGAAAUACUAUACCUGCACUGUUUCGCCAUCAUUUAUAAGAUUCAGUGUAUGACGGAAACAGUAUUUUCCUAUCAUAUAUACCACUUUCGAAUACUUGGAUGCAAACCUUGUAUACACUUUAUAAAAAACAUCCUAGAAGCACUCUCGCUCGCGAUGAACUCGAAUAUUCAGUCAGGUUUGCAAUUUAUACAACUAAUAAGUAAGCGCACAAUGUUGGCCAUUUUUUGAAGGUCAGUCACUGUGUAUUUGUUUGGCUUAUGCCAAGGUAUAAACAUACGGAAUUAAAGCUCCGAAAAAAAAUAGAAU